CACAAGCUUGCGGCUGGACUUCUAUCAGAAGACCUUAAACAUUACAUUGUCUUGAGGGGAGCUUCACACUUGGACCUCGCUCAUUCUGACAAUAAGCCAUUCUUCCCUCUUGCUUGCUUAUAUUUGAUCACUUUGCAAUGGAGGGUCUCCUCUUCAAUGUCAACAACGGCUACGUCGAAGGCAUCGUUAGAGGAUAUCGAAAUGGUCUCUUGACAGGUGCAAACUACAGCAACUUAACACAAUGCGAAACGAUCGAUGACCUCAAGCUUCAACUCGGCCCUGCCUAUGGCGAUUUUCUAAGUAGCCUUCCUCCAAACCCCUCGACUGCGACUCUUGCGGCGAAAACGACCGAUAAGCUAGUGUCCGAGUUCCGCUAUGUACGAGCCAACGCUGUGGGCACGCUUGCGACAUUCAUGGACUACGUUACCUACGGCUACAUGAUUGACAACAUUGCCCUGCUCAUCACGGGUACCCUUCACGAGCGCGACACCCGGGAGCUUCUAGAGCGGUGCCACCCUCUAGGAUGGUUCGAGGCGAUGCCGGUCCUCUGCGUGGCGACGAACAUUGAAGAGCUGUACAACAGCGUCCUCAUCGAGACCCCGCUAGCCCCGUAUUUCAAAGGCAGUCUCAGCCAUCAAGACCUUGACGAGCUGAACAUCGAAAUCAUUCGCAACACGCUGUACAAGAACUAUCUGGAGGAUUUUUACCAGUUCGUCAACACGCACCCGGAAAUGGCCGGCACACCCACUUCUGAAGUCAUGUCCGAGCUUCUUGAAUUCGAGGCGGAUCGCCGCGCUAUUAAUAUUACUCUCAACUCCUUUGGGACUGAACUGAGCAAGGCGGACCGCAAGAGGCUCUACCCCAACUUCGGCAAACUGUAUCCCGAGGGCACCCUGAUGCUCUCGAGGGCGGAUGACUUUGAAGGGGUGCGUUUGGCUGUCGAUGGCGUCACCGACUACAAAAACUUCUUCGACGCGGCUGGCCUCGGCGGCGGUCUUUCAGGACCCGGCAACAUGGGCGGAGGUGCCGCAUCCGAGAGCAGGAGCUUGGAAGACAUGUUCUAUCAGAAGGAGAUGCAGAUCUCCAAGCAAGCCUUCACAAGACAGUUCACCUUCGGCAUCGUCUAUGCUUGGGUGAGGCUUCGAGAACAGGAAAUUCGCAACAUUACCUGGAUCGCUGAAUGCAUCGCCCAAAAUCAGAAGGAUCGGAUUGGGAACUACAUCAGCGUGUUCUAAAAAAAAGCGCCCCCAUUUUCCCCUCCUGAUGCCCUACCUGUAGAAUACGACAUGACCACCACCACAGAGAUUUCCUUAAUUCCACCCCCUUGGAAGGGUGAUUGCGGCGCAAAGAAGACGGACUAGCAGCUCGGGUUGUUAAUGAACUUGUGAGAUGGGGCCAUUGUGUCUGCUCAGCAGCAGCAGCAGCAGCAGCAGCAGCAUGAAGGCGUAUUGUACAUAUUGAAUAAUGUGGAGUCUACAAGUUAAAACAGGCUCUUUCCAAUCUUACAACGAUAUUUGCUUCUU